AUGUCGCUCCCUUACGCAGCAGACGCAGAGACCUCACUCUCGCCCUCGGAGCUACAGGUGCUCAAGUCGCAGUACGAAUCCGAACUGGCCGCAGGACAUGUCACCACACAGACCAAGUUCAACUAUGCGUGGGGUCUCGUCAAGAGCAAGCAAAGAGCCGAUAUGAGCAUCGGCGUGGGUCUUCUGACGGAAAUCUACCGAUCCGAUCCACCAAGAAGACGAGAGUGCCUGUACUACCUCUCGCUCGGACACUACAAGAUGGGCAACUACGACGAGGCCCGAAGGUUCAAUGCACUCCUCAUCGAACGCGAACCCAACAACCUUCAAGCGCAAAGUCUGAACCAACUCAUCGAGAAGGGCGUCGCCCGAGAGGGCUACAUUGGUAUGGCACUGAUCGGCGGUGCUGCUGCCGUAGCGAGCAUCGCCAUUGCAGGUCUCAUGCGCCGUGGACGUCGCUAG